AUGAUGGACUCAGAGUCAACACCACCUGGUUAUAAUUCUAUGGAAUACGAAAACAAUUUGGAUUUCAUUGUUCAAAAUCAAGAGGACCAACUAGAACAAUUCAAUCUUGAAUCCGAGUUUGUACCCCGAAUACUAAAAAUUCCGAAUUGUGUUCUGUUACUACAAAUCAUCGAUGAUGAUAAAAUUGAAUUUGAUGGUUUUAUAUCACAUGAUGAAAGCAAUGAGUCUGUAAUGUGUUUCAUAAAAAAAGUCGAGAAAUGUACCUGCGAGUUUGACUAUUCUUUAAGACAUGAUGUUGUGUAUAUUACUGGUUCUACCCUCGUUGAGGACUUUUCGCUUUAUCAUGAGUCUACAGAGACUAAUUCAAACUCAACUCAAAAGGAUGAAGUUAAUGGCUCUCUAGAUGAACCUAGAGAAGGUAAAAUUUUAGAAAUUCCCGAAACAGUUGGUUUUAUAAAAUUAAUGAGUGAGGAUAUCAUUUAUGAUAAAGUUGUUACCAAUAAUGAAAAAACUUUAAUGGUGGUUUUAAGAAUAAAUAGGGAAGAAAAAUCUGUUGAGAAAAAGUUUGAAAGAAAAUCGGUGGAUAAAUCAAUUUUUCAAUAUGUUAAAAAACAUCCUAAAACUUCCAUUCUUUUUAUAUUUGGUUGUUGUGCUUCUAUUGGAUCAAUUAUUUUCAAUAUUGUUAUGAUUACAAUAACCAAUCUAAAGAUGAAAAGUUUUGAAGCUGAAAAACAAAAUUAUCAUAACUCAACUACUACUUUUUGA